AAAGUUCAUCCACAUCCUCAAAGCAGUCACUUCCUUCUCAAUAUAACACCUCGCCGACUUCAUACUCUAACAGCUCAAUUGAUAAUCUCCCAAAACUACAAACUUUAUCACUAGAUGCACCAAAGGCUCCUGUUGCAGCCCCUCUGCCUACUCCACCAACCUCAUCCUCCAUUAGAGGCACAAAACGCUGUAGAUCAUCCUCGCAAGCCUCAGAUAGUUCAAGAGGCAGCUUCUCAGCUGCUAGUUCCGACGACAUUGGUAGCGUAGAAAGGAAAUCCUAUGCUGACGGUCUUAUCGGUGAGUUUCCUUUUCCUUUGUUAAACAGAUAAUUGAAGUGGGGUUUUCCUCGUUAGACACAUCUGUUUUCACUAUUGAAGCCAUCUGGAAAUGUCCUCUGCCAGAGGAUCCAUACCCUAGAACGAUUGAGGACUCUCAGUUGCCGUUGAAAGAUUACAUUAGGGAAACCCUUCGUAGAUCGAAAACUUCAUCACAUACACUCCAAGUCGCGCUUUUUUACUUGUUCAAGAUAAGAGAUAAGGUUAGAUCACGUAGAGUUGAGGCAGCUCAGUUGCUCUGCGGUGGUCAAGUUGUAACCUGUCAGGACAGUCUACUUUGUGGUAGAAGGACAUUCUUAUCAUCACUUAUCUUAGCCAACAAGUACUUAUCCGAGAGAAAUUACAGUAAUCGCGCAUGGUCGAGAAUGUCGGGUUUGACAGCUAAUGAAAUAUCCUCGAAUGAGAGGGCAUUUCUGAUCCUAAUUAACUACGAAUUGUGUGUUUCUGAAUCAACUUGGAAGCGUUGGGUUGCAUUCUUGCGCACAUUAGUUGAAAAGCAAAAGGGACCAGCCACGAAUACUCAAGAUCAAGCUGUUUCGGAUGAUGAUGACGAGAGAAAAUGCAAACGCACAUGUUUGCAAUCUUCUCCAUACGAUUCUCAUACAGCAACACCAAAGCCAUCAUGUAUCGGACUAAAUGAGAGAGUUUCAUUCAGUGUCGAAUCCUAUUCUACUAAAGUUACUUGGGAAGGCGUUCGAGCAACAUCAACAACAGCAUAGAAUAUCAACUUUCUCGGUUAAGGUUUAGUAUUUUAAGAAGUUUUGACAGCAACUUUUAUUUUUACUCUUUAUUCUCUUUUACGUGUUGUAAAACGAAAU